ACUAUCCCUCGUUCAUUCUCUUCUCUUAUCUUCUCUUGCCUUCCUCAGGGUCACACCACACUGCCUCUUCCUAAAGUCAUACCACUGUUGCUUAUCUCUUUUUCAUAUCGUACCACUCUACCAUAGACUCUUCCUUUGUCUUAUAAGCUUCGCGCCAAGAGCACCAUGUUCAACACCGAACACUACAUACCACCGGGUUCAUCUCAUUCAGACGUCGAAAUGUUAACACCUCCGAAGGUUGAGGAUGAGAAGAAGCUUGGCCCGGUGGGUAUCCGGGAGAGGCUUCGUCAUUUCACCUGGGCCUGGUACACCUUAACAAUGAGUGGAGGAGGGCUGGCCGUCCUCAUCAUCAGCCAGCCCUUUGGGUUCCGCGGAUUGAAAGAGAUCGGCAUCGCAGUCUACAUCCUCAACCUGAUCCUCUUCGCCCUUGUCUGCUCUACCAUGGCUCUCAGGUUCAUCCUACACGGCAACCUUCUCGAGUCCCUCCGCCAUGACCGCGAGGGUCUCUUCUUUCCGACCUUCUGGCUCUCCGUCGCAACCAUCAUCUGCGGUUUGUCUCGCUACUUCGGUGAAGAACCUAGUGAAUCCUUCCAACUAGCCCUCGAAGCCCUCUUCUGGAUCUACUGUUUCUGCACCUUGCUGGUCGCGAUCAUACAAUACUCCUUCGUCUUCUCAUCCCACAAGUAUGGCCUUCAAACCAUGAUGCCUUCAUGGAUCCUCCCAGCCUUCCCCAUCAUGCUCAGCGGCACCAUCGCCUCCGUCAUCGGUGAACAACAGCCCGCUCGCGCAGCCCUCCCCAUCAUCGGCGCCGGUGUCACCUUCCAGGGUCUUGGCUUUUCCAUCAGCUUCAUGAUGUAUGCCCACUACAUCGGCCGACUGAUGGAGUCCGGCCUGCCCCACAGCGACCACAGACCAGGGAUGUUCAUCUGCGUCGGACCCCCAGCCUUCACAGCCCUAGCCCUCGUCGGCAUGACCAAAGGCCUCCCCGAAGACUUCAAGCUGCUACAUGACGCCCACGCCUUGGAGGACGGCCGUAUUAUCGAACUGUUGGCCAUCUCAGCCGGCGUCUUCCUCUGGGCCCUGAGUCUCUGGUUCUUCUGCAUCGCCAUCGUCGCCGUCAUCCGCUCGCCGCCCAAGGCCUUCCACCUCAACUGGUGGGCCAUGGUCUUCCCCAACACCGGCUUCACCCUGGCCACCAUCACCCUCGGCAAAGCACUCAACAGUAACGGCGUGAAGGGCGUCGGAUCCGCCAUGUCCAUCUGCAUCGUGUGCAUGUACAUCUUCGUCUUCAUCAACAACGUCCGCGCCGUUAUCAACAAGGAUAUCAUGUACCCGGGUAAAGACGAGGAUGUAUCUGAUUAGACCGCACGCUCCAUUUUUCCUAGCUACCUAUCCCCCUCCCUUACGUCCAUACAACCAUCCCACAAUGUCCAUACAUUUACAGAUACAAUUCUCCUUCCUCCCUUCACCCUUGCCCCAUCUAUUCAGUUUAGACCGUUACUUCCAUUCAUCAGCCUCCCACUUUCUAUAUACCCCCUUCACCAUUAUGCUUUUGUCAAUUGCUAGCUGGCAUCACACGGCGUUACGUCAUUCGGUAUAUAUAUAGCGUUGAUUUCAUGGUCCUGUUAGCACUCUAUUUCUGUUCCUGUUUCUGUUGCUGUUUAUUUCCCAUCUUCUCCUUUCCUUUCCAGCCUUCAAGCCUUCAAGCCUUUCCACCAUAGACAGAGGAAUAGAAAUCAUAGAAUAGAGGGCAAAAGAAAAAGACACUUAUAUGGCACAUAAUCAACUCCCCCAAAGUAUUGAGUACAGUAAAAGUAGCAAGAAAGUACUAAGACUCAAGGUAAAAGUCCAACCAGUAAGUUCUAAUUCCCAACACCCUGGUUUCAGAUCCAUAUUAAUCCAUAAAAACCCAUAGAACCAAUCCAUAUUUCCCUAGAUAUAACCCAAACGAUAGUCCAAACCGGAUCACCCCAUCCUACUACACUUGGUAAGUGGGGGAGGGGGGAGUCUUUGAGUUGGAAUG